GACCCGGCUGCAGCCUCAGGCCUCGCCCCCUCCCCGCGCGCCCGGCUCCUUAGCUCUGCCCCCUGGAGUCCCGGCGACGGGCUUCCUCACAGGCGCUGCACAAAAGCCGCCGCUUCCCCCUCAGGCGCUUCGUCGCCGGGCUGUUGCGCCGCCUUCGCUGCGCGCAAUUCGCCUCAGGCGGGCAGCACCGAGUCUGGCCUGACUUUGCGGGGAGCGGAGGCGCCCUGGCUGGGGCGUCGGCCCUCCUCCGGGAGCCGAAGCGACGAUGGAGCAGCAGCAGCAGCCGAACCACGAGCCGCACCGCCACCCGGCGCAGGAGCGCUCGCGCUCCCACACCGUCACCACCACCGCCAGCAGCUCCUUCACGGCCAACUGGUCGUCCGCUUCCAGCACGCUCGCCUACGACCGAGAGUUCCUGAGGACGCUGCCCGGGAUCCUCAUGGUGGCCGAGAUUGUGUUGGGGUUGUUGGUAUGGACGCUGAUUGCUGGAACAGAAUAUUUCCUAUAUCCUGUCUUCGGCUGGGUAAUGUUUGUAGCUGUGUUUUACUGGGUCCUUACGCUGUUCUUCCUAAUCAUCUACAUGACAAUGACGUACACUCGGAUUCCCCAAGUGCCAUGGACCACUGUAGGCCUGUGUUUUAACGGGAGUGCCUUUCUUUUCUACUUCAUUGCUGCCAUUGUAGACGCAUGUGCCGUCACCAAGGAAUUGGACAGCCACAACUACAACAGCUGGGCGGCUUCUUCAUUCUUUGCAUUCGUUGUAACUUCCUGCUACGGUGGAAAUGCCUACUUUAGUUUUGUAUCUUGGAGAUCGCGGAACUUGCAAUAAAUGUCCUCUUUAAGUUAAGAAAAAACA